AUGACAACCUCCAAUGUGCCCUUGGUUGUCGUCCCUUUAUCUACAGCGCCACUCUUACCAUGUUCAAUUAAGUCGACCACAUCUAUUGGUAUUGUUCCACCAUUGUCCUCAUUAGAGACUCGCUCUCACACAUCUACAUCGCCUUCUGUCGCCCCACUAGUGCCUGUGUCCGCUCCACCUUCGGCUUCGGCUAAGGGGGAGACUUUCGGUGCUCAUAGGUCGACAAGCAAGGGAAAUAAACCGCAUUAUGGUACGACUGAGACUGAGUUGGGCAGGAGCAAGCGGUUGGAUUGGCCUGACUCUUCCAGACCAAAGAUACUCGGCGAGAUCUUCGAUUCAAAGGAAAAGGAAGCUAAUCGAGGCAAAAUGGAAUAA